AUGGUCUCCACCACUAUCAAGCUCGCACUCGCACUCGCAGUCGUCGCCCAGUCCGUCAGCGCCGCCCCGCUCGCCGUGCGCGUUACGCAGGACGUGUCGGAUGCGACGCACGAAUGGACGCAGGCCUGUGUCAAGGCGGGCGGCGGGAGCUCGUGCAAGAACCUCGGCCUGAACGCCGUGAACUCGCUCGCGGAGACCGCGAGCGUGUGCGCCCAGCAGGACGCUGCGGACGCGAUGGUCGACUUUGCCAAGUCGCUCUUCAAUGAUCAAGACAUGAUCCGCCUCGCGCAGAUCUUCGUUCAGCAGCCGCGCAACACGGCCACGAACCAGUCAACGCCGUACUGCCAGGACGACCCGAACAACAAGGAGCUGCUCGGGCUCUACCAAUGCCAGUUCGCAAGCGCGAGCAACACCGCCUUUGUGGGCGGCGCGCAGCCUGGUGAGCGUGGCACCAUCCCCGCCCGCCUCACCGCGCCGCUCGACCCCCCGGGCUCGUGCCCUGCGCACCCCGACGGGCCCAUCCCCGACGGCGAGCAGCUCGUGCACCUCACGCAGGACCCCGGCCUCGACAACGUCGUGCUCGAACCCGCGGUCGCCUCCACCCCCGGCUCCUCGUCCGAGGUCUCACUGACGGUUCCCGCCAACGGUGCCACGCUUUUCUGCCCCGACUCCUCCUCCAAGCGCACACUCCGGAGCAAGCGCCGCGCGAACUUCGCUGACAAGCGCGCGGGCCAGAGCACCACGGGCGCGGUGCGGCCGUGGCUGCUCGCGUGCACGCGCUCGGGCGGGUCCUCGGAGGAGUGCAGCACGGUGGCGGUGGCGGCGAUGAACGCGCUGCUCGCGGGCGCGGACGCGUGCGCGCAGCAGGACGCCGCGGACGCGAUGGUCGCCCACGCGAAGGCGCAGGACGACGCGGAGAUGCUCCGCCUCGCGCGGAUCUACGUCCAGCAGCCGCGCAACACCCCGACGUCCGAGGCGGUCCCGUACUGCCAGCGCGCGCCUGCGAGCGCGGAGCUCGCGGGCCUGUACCAGUGCCAGUUCCAGAGCACGGACCAGGGGAACUUUGUCGGCGGUCUCAAGGCCGGCGAUGCGGGCACCGUUCCGUUCGGGAUGACCGCGUCGCUGAGCCCCGCCGGCUCGUGCGCCGCCAGCCCGAAGGGCCCCGUCCCCGACGGCGUGCAGCUCGUCGAUCUCGUGAAGGAUGCGUGCAACGCGUAG